UUGCGUGUAGUGUAGUGUUGACGUGUCUCUAAAGCGCUCUCCUCCUUCAGCUCAGCGCUUCUCUCUCUCACCCGGGCGGCGGAGCGCACCGGCAGCGCGGGAUUAUCUGUUUAUAGCUCACUGGGACUUCAUAUAGUGACCGGGAUUUCAGGAGACCGUCACCAUGGGAAUCAAGUUCUUGGAGGUUAUAAAACCAUUUUGUGCAGUUUUGCCGGAAAUCCAUAAACCGGAAAGAAAGAUCCAGUUCAGAGAAAAAGUGCUAUGGACCGCCAUCACAUUGUUCAUCUUUCUUGUUUGCUGUCAGAUCCCACUUUUUGGGAUCAUGUCUUCAGAUUCCGCAGAUCCAUUCUACUGGAUGAGAGUCAUCAUGGCAUCCAACAGAGGUACUUUGAUGGAGUUGGGUAUCUCUCCCAUUGUGACCUCUGGUCUGAUCAUGCAGCUUCUGGCUGGAGCUAAAAUCAUUGAGGUUGGAGACACACCUAAAGACAGAGCGCUCUUCAACGGAGCUCAGAAAUUGUUUGGUAUGAUCAUCACCAUUGGCCAGGCUAUUGUGUACGUCAUGACUGGAAUGUAUGGAGACCCUUCAGAGAUGGGUGCUGGCAUCUGUCUGCUGAUCAUCAUUCAGUUGUUUGUGGCCGGUCUGAUCGUGUUGCUGCUGGAUGAGUUGCUGCAGAAAGGUUAUGGUUUGGGCUCUGGUAUCUCGCUCUUCAUCGCCACCAACAUCUGUGAGACAAUUGUAUGGAAGGCAUUCAGCCCAACCACAGUCAACACAGGCAGAGGUACUGAGUUUGAGGGAGCCGUUAUUGCUCUGUUCCACCUGUUGGCCACUCGUACUGAUAAAGUUCGAGCUCUGAGAGAAGCCUUCUACAGACAGAACCUGCCCAACCUCUUGAACCUCAUCUCUACAGUCUUUGUCUUUGCUGUGGUCAUAUAUUUUCAGGGCUUCAGAGUUGACCUGCCCAUCAAAUCUGCACGUUACCGUGGCCAGUACAACACAUAUCCCAUCAAGCUGUUCUACACCUCCAACAUUCCCAUCAUGCUGCAGUCUGCUCUGGUCUCUAACGUGUACGUCAUCUCGCAGAUGCUCUCCACUCGCUUCAGUGGGAAUUUCCUGGUCAACCUCCUGGGGACUUGGUCUGAUACCUCAUCCGGUGGUCCGUUUCGUGCCUACCCUGUUGGCGGUCUGUGUUACUAUCUGUCUCCUCCGGAGUCAUUUGGUUCUGUGCUUGAAGACCCAGUCCAUACGGUGACCUACAUUGUGUUCAUGCUGGGAUCCUGUGCCUUCUUUUCUAAGACUUGGAUUGAAGUUUCUGGAUCAUCCGCAAAAGAUGUGGCCAAGCAGCUGAAAGAACAGCAGAUGGUGAUGAGGGGACACAGAGAGACCUCCAUGGUUCAUGAACUCAACAGGUACAUCCCCACAGCGGCUGCAUUUGGUGGACUGUGUAUUGGAGGCCUUUCAGUAAUGGCUGACUUCUUGGGUGCCAUCGGCUCUGGAACAGGAAUCUUAUUGGCUGUUACCAUCAUCUAUCAGUACUUUGAAAUAUUUGUUAAGGAACAGAGUGAAGUUGGCAGCAUGGGAGCGCUACUCUUCUAAAGAAAAGAAGAAAAAAAAGACACUCACAGAUCACACACACAUACUUGCUGACACCUUAUAAAACACUUUUAUUAUUUUUA